AAAAGUUAUCUGAUGGUGGAGUUUAUCAAUGUCAAGUCAACAAUUCAGUGGGAAAUAUAGAUGAGUCAGUUUCUGUAACAGUUGAAGCUGCAACUAAAGUUGAAUCGUUUUGCAAUGCUGGAGGUACAAUUUAUGUGUGUACUGGAAUGAAUCAAAUAUUAAGCUGCUCAGCAUCUGGUCUACCAUACCCUGAUGUUAUGAUAAGUGGACCGCACUCAUCUGUCUUGUCACCAAACAUUUCUAGAAACACAUUGAAUCUUGUGAUGCAAAGUGAUUCUGGGAUAUACAAGUGUAGUGCUACUAAUACACACAAAACAGUUAGUGAAAUGUGUAGAGUUGACAUUGGAGUUCCACCUACUGCCAAGCUUUCUGUGAUACCAGCUAAUGGUCUUGUUCAAGAGAAUGACGACUUCAAUUUGACUUGUUCUACUACUGGUCUUCCAUCUCCGAAUAUUUUUUGGUUUGAGAAUGGAAUUGAACAAAGAAAUUGGAUGAACAUAAAAACUGUAACAUUCAAAGCAGCUGUGAGACACAAUGGAACAUUUCAGUGUGUAGUCAACAACACGUGUGGGCAAGAUGAUGACAGUGUGAAUGUGAAAGUAGAAGGUUAAUUUGAUAUUUACUUGCUAAAGUGUAUACUUAGAUGGUGUGUGUGUUUACAGUUCCAUGUUCACUUGAAUCAAGGGCAGUGUGUUUGGAUACUGUCUCUUGCCCUUCAUCUGUUGUUAAUCCAGCACAACAUCAGACUGUUGGUGUGUCUGGUGUUGCACGCUGCUUUCCUCACUCACCCACAUUGUUGUUGCGCAAUGCAUCAGGAGAUCAACUUGCAGCAUUAAAACCUGCAACUAUACAACCUCCACCACAUGCUUACAAUGUGCAGUUCAAUGUGACUGUAACACAAAAUGGAAAUUAUACUUUUGAAAUUGAUGGACAGAACAAAGAAAGAGUUCAGCAAAUUCAAUAUCCAUAUAUUUUGUCUCCAACACCUGUGAGUAUGUCUCAGCCAAUUGUUCUUACAUCUAGUUUCAAAUCUCGACCGCUGACAUGUAUGGCUUGUUCAUAUCCUUGUGUUUCACGUAUACAAUGGAGUAGACAACAAAAGUUAGAAACAACAGCUAAUGACAUUAUGACUUCAAAUAAUCCAAACUGUGUUACGUCAAUUCUGACCGUGUCAUCACCUGGUGAUUAUAAAUGUUAUCUGUGUGGAUACUCAGAUGAAAGAAUGUUUGUUG